AUGGCAUCUGCUAAUUUGAAAGCAGAGUUGGAAUGUUCCAUCUGUCUGAGCAUUUAUACAGAUCCUGUCAUGCUGAAAUGUGGGCACAACUUCUGCCAGGUCUGUAUAGAUUGUGUCCUGAAUACACAGGGGGGGUCUAGAGGAUAUUCCUGCCCUGAAUGCAGAGAUGAGUUUCAGGAGCGGCCUGCACUGCAAAGGAACAUGAAACUGCGUAACAUAGUGGAUAAUUUUCUGUCUACUCAGUCAGAUCAGGAGGAGUCUGAGGUCUUCUGCUGCAUCCACAGGAAGCUACUGGAGUAUUACUGCAUAGAGGAUGAUACCUGUGUCUGUGUGUCCUGCUGUCUCAUUGGAGAACACGCAGGCCAUAAGAUGGAGUCAGUAAAGGAGGCCUCUGGAAAGAAAAAAAAUAAAAUGAGGAAAGUUUUGCAGAAACUGCUGACAAAGGGAGGAAAGACGGAGGAAAGAAUCCAGAGUCUGCAGAAACACAGGAGAAAAAUCGAAGAAAAAUCAGCUAGUGGCAAAGAGAAAGUCACUGCCCUUUUCAGAGACCUUAGGAGACAGCUGAAAGUACUGGAGGGAAAAGUACUAAGUGAGAUCUCCGGGCAGGCCAAUCGGGUCUCAUUCUCCAUAAUGAAUGUGAUCCAGGAACUGGAAAGAAAAAAGGAAGAGCUGUCCAAGAAGAUGCAUCACAUUGAGGAGUUGUUUAACAUGAUGGAUCCACUGACUGUCUUACAGGAAUCUGAUACAGGUGACCUGUGUGAUGCUGAGGAUGGAGAUAAUGAAGAGAGACAGAGACAUGGUAAACUCUUCCAUGAUGAAGGGGAUCUGGAUAUGGCUGUGAUUUCACAGAUAUUACAAACGGGUUUAUCUGAUAUAAUGUCUGGGGUAAAUGUGCAGAAACAUACAGGCGCAUAUGUAUAUCCACAUUUUAGUACAGAGGACAACAGUAGCAACAUUGCUGUACUAGUUCAGGAAGUCCCCCAACCAGCCUCAACCAUACAAGACACACACCACCAGCCUGGAAGGCCAAGUAAUUGGUCUGCCCUGAAAAUGUCGGGACUGCCACAGGAUACAGACAUUACACUAGAUGUAAACACAGCUGGAAAUGAUCUUUGUAUAUCAUAUAACAGGAAAACUGUAUCCUACUCGGUCUUUACCCAUAAAUACCCAGAAAGACCAGAGAGAUUUCAGUCUGCUCAGGUGUUAAGCACUCAGAGUUUCUCCUCAGGGCAACAUUACUGGGAAGUGGAUGUGGAGAGAUCACAAGUUUGGAGUAUUGGGAUGUGUUACCCUAGUAUUAACAGGAAAGGGUGUCACUCAGAGAUUGGGUGGAAUAACAAGUCUUGGGGUUUGCACAAAUCUUGGCUGAAUAACCAGUAUUCGGUGUUAUAUGAUAGGAAUUGGAUCCGGUUACCUGGCAAGCUCUUCAGUAAAAGAGUCAGGAUAUAUUUGGAUUAUGAGGCUGGUCAGAUCUCCUUCUAUGACAUGUGUACCCUGAUACGGCACCUCUACACCUUCAAUGUCACCUUCACUGAGCCCCUCCAUGCUGUACUGUGGGUAGGGGGAGGUAAUAUAAAGAUAUGUAGGGAUAAUCAGGAUAUGUGA